UGUUAGUGCAGGAUUGAACCGUCGUAAGGUUAUGUGGAUGAAUUGAGGGAUUUUUUGGCAAUGUAAAAUUUUUUUACAUCAAUCCAAGGCACCAUUCAGUAUGAGCAUAGUCAGACGCACGUCAACCAUGAGUGGGUUUAGAGUAGAACACGCAGUGAAACGUUACUUGACGUGUUGGCCAUUCCAAGACACAAGACACCUGCUAAUCAUUCUCAUCGUGGCCACCUUGACACUCCUGCCAUGUGGCGCUGCCGACGAGUGCCAGAACGAGGUGGACGUCUCGGCCGCCAGGUGGCGGGUCACGCCGCUCGACGGUUCGGCGGCGGGUAACUACACGAAGCUGAACGGGGCGUCGGACCUCGCGCGAUGUCGUGACGCGUGCUGCGUGCUCCCUGCAUGCAACGUCAUCUUGCUAUACAACGAAGACUGCUACCUGAUCGCGUGCGCGUCGGAUGCGGGGUGCGAGCAGAUGCCGCGCGACGACGACAGGUUUGAGCGCUCUGCGAUGCUCGCCGUUCGUCCUGUGGGCAAGCAAUCUGCGACGGGGAGAUACGGCGGGAGGGAUUCGCCGGUCACCGCCGAUGACGACGACGACGACUAUGAGGAUGUCGACCUCGGGCCGCACGACGACUGCGACCCAGGGGCGCCAGCGAGCUGUCCGCGCGGCGAGGUGUGCCGGCGACGCCUCGUCGGAUACUACGUGUGCGAGUGCCCCGCGGGGACCGUGCGUGAAUUUACGAGCCGCGAGUGUGUCGAUAAGCUUGGCAUGGGAGCUGAUGUCCAGGCGAAGAACGAUGACACGCAGCCUCACACAGAAUUGUGGAAGCCAGUUGUUUGCUUGUUCGGUAUUGACGCAUGCAUGCCGCACGAGAGUUGUGUGACGAAUCGUCGGGCGCGGAAUGGCGUCUGCCAGUGUGACGACGGAUUCGUGCGAGAAGAUUCGACCGGAGACUGCUUAGCCCCGCGUACCAACAAGCCACCGGUGGCCGUCAUCACGCCCAAGAAACAGACGGUGAAGCUACCGACGAGUGAAACCAUACUGGACGGAUCCCACAUGCAGCUGCGCCUAUACAGAUUUAAGCUAGUCGUGACGUAUAGCCUGUCAUUUAUAACCACAUCUAAAUGGUUUGAUCUUCGCGCACGUUUGCGGCGCGAACAGAAAGCACGGACGAUGACGCCGUCGUAG